ACAAGUACAGACAGACUUCUUCGACAGAGAUGUGACCUAGCUAGAGUUUAUUAUUUCAUAGGACUAUUCAGAUAAACUGUGGCAAUGGGGAAACUGUUGUUCUUUUUACUUGUUUCAUCUCUUUUGCUGGAUGUGACCUUUCAAUCCAAAGGAAAAAAAGCCAGGAAAUCCAAGAGGAACAUCACUGAAGUGGUAAAUCCCAGAACAUUUAGAGGAGAAAUCCUCCAUUUAAAGUCUGUCUCUCUCCCUAAUGCCACCCAACAGACACAACAAGCACCCCAUUCUUCUCCUCCCCUCAGCCCCUUUGCCCCUACCCCUCCGGCGCUGCGGUUGCUAAGUAAUGACACAGCUGCAUAUCUUGCCGGCCCGCUGAGCACCCGGGUCAUCCCCGGCGUUUACAUGCUGGCCGUUGUCGUGGGGAUCCCGGCCAACGUUGCCAUCUUGUCUGCCGUGGCCACUAAAGUCAGGACGGUGUCGUCAACCAUCCUCUACUGCAGCCUGGCCGUCUCCGACCUCUUCCUCCUCCUCUCCCUCAUUUUCAAGGCCCACUACCAUCUCCACGGCAACCACUGGGUGUUCGGCGAGACUGCCUGCCGCAUUGUCACGGCCUGUUUUUACGGCAACCUCUACUGCUCGGCCCACACGCUAGCCUGCAUUAGUGUCAAGCGCUACCUGGCUGUGGUGCACCCCUUCCUCUACAAGAGCCUUCCCAAGAGGGCGUGCACCGCCUGGGCCAGCCUGGCGGUGUGGGGGGUGUUUGGGGCUGCCGUCGUACCUAAGCUCCUGGUCCGUCAGAGCUACCGCCUCCCCCAGCUAGGCCUCACUACCUGCCAUGAUGUACUCCCACUGGACUACAGCUCCCAUGCUCCUCUGCUCUACUACAAUCUGGGCCUGACCUUCCUGGGUCUAUUGGUCCCCCUGGUAGUCACGGCUGUGUGUUACGCACGGAUCGUCCAAGAACUCAAACGCUCGCACCACGACUGGACACUGUACCUCAAGGCCAGCUCACUGGUGUUUGUGAUCUUCGUGGCAUGUUUCGGCCCCGCCGCGACCCUACACUUCCUGCAUUAUGUAUGCUUGUUGGAGGGCGGAGAGGAGAGCUUCUAUGGCUACUUCAAGGUAGCAGUGUGUCUGUGCUGCCUGCAUGCCUGCCUGGACCCAUUCCUCUUCCUCCUCAUGUCUAAAUCAACUGGAUCCAGACUCUACUUCAUGACCCUCAAGGGGAAGAUGCUGAACAUCUCCACCUGAAUCUUUAUCUGGAUUAGAAUCUGGAUUAAAAGUGGCCCAGAUGAUCAGAAUAAUCCAAGAAAGUCCCUGAGCAUUCCCAACUGAAUUUGACAUCAUCUGGAUUAGAACUUGGAUCACAACAUCAGGCCUUAAUUUGGGUCAGAGAUCACAAUCUGGAGCUAAACCGUGAAUAUUCAGUACAUGUAUGUGACUGACUAUCAGAGCAUCCUAUCAAUAACUGAUAAUCCUAUCCACUUAUUCUGAAUAAAGAUUUGGAUUAUAAACAGGCCACAAACAGGAUCAGGGUUUCAGUGUAAAUGGGACAACAUCUGGUUUAGGAUCUAGUUCCAUAUGUGAAAUCUGUUUGGAUUUGUAUGUGACUCAUGCCCCGACAAAUUGAGGCUGUUCUGAGGGGGUUCUUGAGGCUCUGAACAUUCUAGUUCCAAAGUUCCAAUUUUAACCCCUAUGGUCGAUGUCCGCGCAUAACAAAAAAAUCCCCAUAAAAAUCUGUUAGUUUAAUCUAGAGAUAUCUUUUUUUUGUUGUUGCAUUGAAUGCGUCUCAAUCAACCGCAUGUUACACUUCCGCAUUUGAGUGCUCAUACUCCUCGUAAGAGUGUUCAUCACAUUAAUUUCUAAUGAGAAUCAAGGGACUUUAGGACAUCAAGUGAUUGUACAUGCAUUAUAACUAUUUCAUAUAUUGAAUAUAUUCAGAAUGAAUCUAGUCUAUUCAUCUGUAACUCCUACUAUGAACUCCUAUCUACAUGAGAAAGUAGAAGUGUUCUGUACAGGGAAAGAGACUGGUUGUUAUUGUUGUUAUUUAGGUGUUUAUAAACAUUACUGGAGGUAUAGAGCACUUACAAGUGCAGUCUCAAAAACCAUCAAGCGCUAUGAUGAAACUGGCUCUCAUGAGGACUGCCACAGGAAUGGAAGA